CGCCGGGGCUGGGCCUGCCGCUGGCAGCCGGGUUCUCGCUCUCCGGUGGAGCGGAGGCCUCGGCAGCGGUUCCGUUUGCGUCGCGUCGCUGCGGAGCGGGGAGGCCGCGGGCGCCGCCGUUGCCAUGGCGACGGGAGCGCACCUCAUGGCGGCGUCUGGGCCGCGGGGCGUUUCUUGUUACUUGUGUGCACACUCAUAUGACAGGAUACGAGAACUCGCAGAACCCAAGACAGCAGCUUGUGCAAAUGCUCACAGGCUUGUGUGGGGAAACCAAGAGACAAUCUGGACCCCCUCACGGGGUGCUGCGACAGCUCAACCAUCCCCAAGGAUAGUGGCACUGGCCAAGCCCAAGAAAGAUUUUAGCAGGAACCAGUGCAGACCUCUCUUCUUGUAUAGCUGUGGACGGGAAUCAACCAUCUGGGAGCGUCCUCUGCUAGUGAAUUUUGGCUUACCUUCUGACCGGCUGUUGAAGCUGGCUGAACCUAAAAAAUGCCAUCCUGCUUACCUGCAGCAAAGACUUCGCCAGUCCUCUGGGUGGCCUGUGUCACCAGCUGCAAUGAACUAUAAGGCCACCCCAUGGAUCCAGAAGCUUGCCCAGCCAAAGAUGCUGCACCCAGAGUUCCAGCCGGCCAGAGAGGUGCCAACACAGGUUACAAACGUCCUGGCCAGAUCGUCCUCGCGGUUACAGUGUCUCGCAGGGCCCCGGGUCGUGAAGGCAUCCAGCUUCUAUGAGAACAUCUGUCCUGAAGCUGUCAUCCGUCCGGUUUCCAAGUUUGCUCAGGAGGCAACUGCAAGCCCUCGGACCCUUGAGCUGGCUAUGGCAAAAAGAUUGCAUCCUGACUUUGUGCCCAUGCGGGGUGCUGAGUGGCCAGUGACACAGGCUGCAAAGCAAGCAGUGGCCACACCAAGGCUUGUGGAACUGGCUCAGCCUUGUAAAAGGCCUCCUAUGAGCUUCGCUCAGUUCAACCCAGAUGCCUUCACUGUGAAGGAGACUGCUAAGAGGGCAAUUUGUUCUCCUCGGAUCAAAGAGCUGGCUCAACCAAUUAAGCGCUGAGCUCCCACAGAAACACAGACUGUUGCUCAUGCUGGCUGCUGUCAUCACCCCUUGGAACAUCAUCACCCUCUUCAGGCUGUGCUGUGGCUGGAAAACCUAGUUGAACAUGGCACAGAGGCAGCACCCAACAGGAACAUGGGCAUUCCUUGAGAACAAAAUAGUCCCCAGGGGAAGUGAGCAGAAUCUGACCUAAUGUGGGAAGACUCUGUCCCUAGGAUGGGUUAUGUCUGGAGUUUAUCUUAUCACUAUUUUUUUUUUUUUCAAUAAAGAAGUAGUGAAACAAC